CAAAGAUGCUGAGCUUUUUCCGCCGAACCCUGGGACGGCGGUCUAUGCGCAAGCAUGCGGAGAAGGAACGGCUAAGAGAGGCCCAGAGAGCUGCAACCCAUAUACCUGCAGCUGGGGAUGCAAAAUCCAUCAUUACUUGCCGAGUAGCACUGCUGGAUGGGACGGAUGUCAGCGUGGACUUACCGAAAAAAGCCAAAGGCCAGCUCCUGUUUGAACAAAUCAUGUACCAUCUGGACCUUAUAGAAAGUGACUAUUUUGGAUUAAGGUUCAUGGAUUCUGCACAAGUGGCGCACUGGUUGGACAAUACAAAAAGCAUUAAAAAGCAAGUAAAAAUUGGCCCACCAUAUUGUCUACAUUUUCGUGUGAAGUUUUACUCAUCAGAGCCCAACAAUCUACGUGAAGAGCUAACAAGGUAUUUAUUUGUUCUGCAGCUGAAACUGGAUAUUCUUAGCGGAAAAUUGGAAUGUCCUUUUGACACAGCCGUCCAGCUGGCAGCUUAUAACAUGCAAGCUGAACUUGGAGACUAUGAUCCUGCUGAACAUGUGCCUGAACUGGUGUCUGAGUUCAGGUUUGUUCCUACCCAGACCGAAGAGAUGGAACUAGCCAUUUUUGAGAAGUGGAAGGAAUGCAGGGGUCAAACACCAGCACAGGCUGAAACUAACUACUUAAACAAAGCUAAGUGGCUGGAAAUGUAUGGUGUAGACAUGCACAUAGUCAAGGCAAGAGAUGGCAAUGAUUACAGCCUGGGACUAACACCUACGGGAGUUCUUGUCUUUGAAGGAGACACAAAGAUUGGUUUGUUUUUCUGGCCAAAGAUAACAAGGCUUGAUUUCAAGAAGAACAAACUCACUCUAGUAGUUGUUGAAGAUGAUGAACAGGGAAAGGAGCAGGAGCACACUUUUGUCUUUAGACUGGAUCAUCCCAAAGCCUGCAAACACUUGUGGAAAUGUGCAGUGGAACAUCAUGCCUUCUUCCGGCUCCGAGGUCCCGUCCAAAAAAGCUCAAGUCGAUCAGGCUUCAUUCGGUUAGGAUCCCGGUUCAGAUACAGUGGGAAAACAGAGUAUCAAACAACCAAGACCAAUAAAGCCAGGAGAUCAGCAUCCUUUGAAAGAAGGCCCAGCAAGAGAUACUCAAGACGAACACUGCAAAUGAAAGCACUUGCUGCUAAACUGGAAGAAACAAGUACUGCAAACAAUGCAGUUAUGCACCAAACUAAUGGAUCACAAAGCUGGAAUGCGAAACCAAACCUACCUGUCCUAACAGCGGUUCCUUCUGCCCCAGUCUUAGUGGAAAUAGAAAACCUCCCAAGGAGCCCAGGACCCAGCCAGCAAGACAAGAAGUGCAUACCUUUUGUUGAUUUGCUAGACAGCAUGGAAUUGCCAGAAACUUGUGUUGAUGAUGCAAUAGGUCGUCCAGUUGUUGGCUUGGCAAUAGGAGAUUCAGAAGAGGCUGUUAGUUGCCCCCAUCCUGGCACAAAGGAAGCUGCUACUGAAAAAGCAGACUCUGAUUCAUUUGAAGAUACAUUCCUAAAGCUGAAACAACUGGAGACAGAGCACAUCAGCCCUGUGCCACCGGAGCGUCCCAACGUGAACAUAAAUGUGCAGGAUGAAGUGGUGAAGUUGACAGAUAAAUGUCUUAACAAUGCAAUUGAGAGCCCAAUCGUAGCAGCAACGUGGCUUCCAGCAGAUAUCAAAAGUAAUAUCCUGAAGGCCCAGGCAGAAGCAGGGCACAAGGUCAUAAGAGAAGACAGCGUGACAGGUGUCAAGAAUUCCAAUGUUCAGGAUGCCACUGCCAGGAACAUUAUCCCAUCAGGCAAAACAUGGAGUAGUCCCCCAACAACCAGUCCAGUAUUUCAGGACCCAGGAGAGCUGCUGAAUGCAAUCCCUGCCUCAAACACCUUUGUCAGUAAUGCACUGAAUGAGGACAAUUCUGCCUCUAACCAUGAGGACCUGCUGACUCCAGCUAAUCUGGCUCCACCUGAGGAGGCUGCUGUUUCAAAGAGCACUCCAGAUGACCAUGACGUUUCCUUAACAUCACUGACAGAGAAUCUAAUUGACUUUACAGAAGCCACACCUCGGGUGUCCUCCCAGCCCAUGAUAACACCAAGGUGGAUAGUGCCAACUGGACUUACUCCCAAUGGACCUUUGGGAAAUGAUGUUGCCUUAGCUAUGAAGGCAGUGAAAGGCAGCAUGGAGACCCUGUUGUCAGCUGGAUUGCCACCACCCCAGCAGACAUCCGAAGUCCUUGCAAGCCCAGUUUCUGAGGAUACUACAAUAAGAACAAAGUGUUUACUUACCACAGAACUCUAGAAGGAGGAGUUUCUGCACCUUCCCACCUUGUAAAAACUCAAAUCUUGUAACACAUCUGCAAGGUAUCCUUCAAGAAGGCUUGCUUGGAUUCUUGCUGAACAGGAGUCAAACAGCCUGCUGGUUUGCUGGGAUCCAGGAAGAGACUUCUACAUUUAUUACAAUCUAACUGGAAUUACAGUCAAAAUCGGAAUGUAAAACCAAUGCACGUUUGAUCUUCUCCCUGGGGAGAAGUGAAGUACCACACUGGAACUAAUUCUGAACAUGAGGAACAGAAUCUAGUUGUGUUCCAUUCACGCUAGGUUUAGUCUUACUUACCCUGUGCUGCCUCUCAGGUGUUAAUGGGAAGCAUUCACUGUGAUGUUAGUGUUGUAGCGUGCGAGCACAGUGUAGAAGUGUGAGCACAUAUCCCUGAUCUCUCUAGAUUAACAGUGGAAAGAUUAGGAGAAUUUGUAGGGCCACCUCGUGGCCAUGCUAUGUACACAGUAUGCUCACAGUACUGAUGACUGCUUCAUACAGCCAAGGACAUUUUCUUCUGUGUGAUUAUACACUGUUUUUCCUUUGUUUUACCAACACAUACUCUCCUUUUGGCCUUAAACCCCCUAAUAAUCUUUGCACCUCUUUUUACAGUACCUGGAAAGAAUGAAAAUCUAGUCCAUCCAUGACCAACUGUGCUGACUGGAUUUGAGCUGCAAUUUGCAACCAGGAAAAGGAAAAUUAACCUGCCAAACAACUUUUAGCAUUAGCAGGCUACAGCAGAGGUCCCGCAUUUUGACGCUGAUUAUUUCAUUUCCUGUAUGACUCAAAUACACGUGUUCUAGGCUAGAGGUAUGUCUGUUUUAAAUGCUGAAGCAGUGAAGGUAUGAGUACAGCUUACUUCAGGAACUGCUUAUUGGUUAGUUUUGUUGUCAUAUAGGACUAGGAAGGAAAACAAUUUUCUUGUUUCGAUUAAUACUGUUUCUGGAUGUUGUUUCCAGAUGCUGUGCUUUGGGAAUGCUUUUAUCAGGUAUGUUAGCAGUGUGCAGGUACAACUAGAUCAGUUCUUAACACCAGCAUGAAUCCUGUUCCGAGUGUUAUCUAGUAGUUGUGUAUGGAACAAAGAAAAGAAGGAGUAAAGUGAAAACAGGAAAAAAAAGAUUAAAAGCUCCUGCAAGUAAUUCACUCCGUUGCAGAGCAAAGGUAGGGGCACUUGCUGGUGAAGGCCUCUUGGUGCUCAAGUGAAGUACAGGAUAAAACGUCUACAGUUUGAAGAGAUCGUUUUAAUCCUGGGUAGCAAUAUCUCCACGUGGAUAUGGAGAGGUAAGCAUGUGAGUUCUGGGGGUACAGCCUGUGAAAAAAGGUCAGUGCAGAAUCAGAAGGAGGAGAAAUACAGAAGCCCAAUGGUAAACCUCCACAUCUGCUAACAGGGGAGAACAUGGGUGAAACAACUGGGUUCUGUCUUAGGAAGAGGUUUGUACAUAGCACUGGGGUUAAAGGAUGUUUUCUGCACAGUGCUGCUGUUUAUAAAUAUUUAUAUACAUGUGGGUUUUUUAAACAAUUUUGAAUGUGACAGUUGGUUCUGGAACCCGUAUGCACAGCUUCACCUCUGCACACUGGUUACAUGCAUGUGUCUCAGUGUAGACACAGAUGUGGACCAAAUCACUGUGGACUGUGCAGCUCAGCUGGUACCUGGCUGGGCUGCUUCUUUCAGACUGGGGCGUUCUUACUGCUGCUCUUGUGCUCUUGUUUGCAAAAUGUUGAAUGAGAGUAUUAAGCAAGAAGCCACAUGGUAUUUACAUGGCCCACUGCCACUCCUCAAAACCCCUGAGGCCUUAAUAGAGAAACACAGGUACUGUGGGAAUUCUUGGGACCACCAUGCCAGAGUGAUUCUCUGCAAACUAUGAUUUGCAGCCAUUGCUUCAAGAACUGGGAUUCAAGACUGGGGGUAGGCUUUUCAGCCCCUCUCCAGCCAGCACCUAAAGCUCUGUGUGGGUGGGCUGCCUGCUCCCUGAACCACCAGCCAGAGCAGAGCUCCUGUUCUCAAUGGAGUUCUUGUGCACCCACCACUCAGCUCAGUCGGUGUUACUUCCUGUUGAGUACUGGAUUCUUUUUAUAAUUUUAAGUCUGAGCCUUGUUGCACAUUAAAAUGUAGAGGGUUCCCAAGUCAAAUAUCAGAUGUCUUAGUCUGGAUUAAAAUCACAAUUGCCAGCAAAGUUCCUGCAGGAAAAGGGAAGCUAUGGCUGCGACAGCAUGCUUCCUGCACAAAGCCAGGACUGUGUGGGGAAACUUGGCACAUGCUGUUGAUCUGUUUGCUCAGCAGCUGAGUUGGCAUUCGCCAGCUACAUGUGUUGGUUUUGUAAAUAGACAGAAUGCAGCAGCAUUUUCUUUAAGGCAUGUUUGAUAUUUGACUGUUCCCAUUGGGUUCAGGAGCUCUGUGAACUGUUUAUUAGCUUGAAUUGCUCCCAGAAGUAGAAUAGCAGAAGCUUACAGCUUUACAGCACUGCAUGUUGAACACCAUCCUUGGAUUCCCCCUGAGCAGCCCCAUACAGCAGAGAGCAAGCAAAUAACCUGUGUGGUGAGUGUGUCCCCCUAAAAUCUAAAUGGUUCCAAGCAGCCAAGAUUUCUGUUUCAGCAUGGGUGAGAUGGUGUUGAUUGGAGGGGAAUUUGUAUUUACACACGUGUGCACACACAUAGAAAUUUCAAAGGGUCAGGGUUUUCCUAAAUUUUCAGAGGACUGGUAUUUGAAACUUUAUUUAAAAAUUCAAAAUUUUCAGCUGUUAAACCGGGGACUUGCCAUUUCUAGUAGAUUUGGGGCUGCAAACACAGUUAUUUCCAGUGAAAUCUUAUAGGUGGAAGAAAUACUCUGUUUAACUCAGUAUAGCUUAUUUAGCUAGUCCAAAUAAUGGCUUACAUAGGGGGCCUGGUGAGACUGAGGCAUCACAGCUGGGUGAUCUGAACACCCUGUACUUCAGUAUCACUGUUUUGCUUUAAAACUACAGUGUUGUGUGGUGACUGGCCACCAGGUAGCAUAGCAUUGUUACUCUUGUCAGACAAACAGGUAUAGUAGUUCCUACACUUAGUGCUAAUAACUGUUAAUGAAUGCCUGUCUGCUACUGAGGAAAAGGGAUUUUCUCACCAUUGCUCUGCUACUGAUUGGUUGGCUGUAAGGUCCAAUCAUCUAAAAUUCAUUUUUUAGAAUGCAUUUAAAGAGGUUUCUAAAUAAAACUUGUGUGUGAA